AUGGAGUUCGAGUACGUUUUACCCGGCGACAUGGAUGUUUUCGUGGACAACGCCACGACCAACGCUUCCUGUGGCAAUGGGACCGUACUGGAAGGUGCAGACAUCCUGCCAUCUGUUGGACCCACCGCUGGGAGGAUCGCUACAGCAGCCUUCCUCUUCCUGAUCGCUGCACUGACUGUGGUUGGAAACGGGCUGGUCCUGUUGGCUGUAGCCAAGCAUAGAAGUCUGCAGACUCUGACUAAUGCCUUCAUCAUGUCUCUCUGCGUCUCAGACUUGCUGGUCGGUGCCCUAGUGAUGCCCCCCGCCGCCCUGACCACGCUGUUCGGAGAGUGGAUCUUCCCGCAGCCCUUCUGUCCCAUCUGGGUGUCGUUUGACGUCAUGCUGUGUAGCGCCUCCAUCCUCAACCUGUGCGCCAUCAGUCUGGACAGAUUCAUCCAGAUCACGAACGGGCUUCAGCACGGGACCUACAUGACCCGUACCCGUGUGGCUGUCCUCAUCACCGUAGCCUGGCUCCUGUCCAUCCUGACGUCAUUUCCGCCCAUCAACCUCGGCCUCCAUGAGCACGCCGGCUUCCCUACCCUCACCAACCUGACCUUCCUCACUGUGACCCCUCAGUGUAUCUUUGACCCCAACAUGACCUACGCCCUGAUUGGUUCAAUCGUGACCUUUUACAUCCCUCUCACCGCCAUCUUGUUCACAUACGGGACAAUAUUCCGCGAGGCAAAACGACAAGCAGCCCGGGUGGCCGCUCUGAACGUACAACUUCGCAACGAGGGGCGGAACAACAGAGGAAGAACAGGUGCUAACGGCAUCACGUCACUGAAAGCCAUCCGUACGCUUGGCAUCAUCCUCGGUGCGUUCAUGAUCACGUGGCUUCCGUUCUUCAUCGCUAACGUGGUGCGCCCGUUUUGCUACUGCGUGUCCGGACAGGUGUUUGAGGUGCUCACAUGGCUGGGAUGGUUCAACUCAGCGCUCAACCCCAUCAUAUACCCUCUCUUCAUGAAGGACUUCAAACGUGUCUUCAAGAAGUACAUGCCCUUCUGCAAGCGGGACGCGGGAGACUCUGUACAUACAGUUCCAGAGGGAGCACAGCUAGGGAAGCCUGCGUACACGCGCUCGGAGUUUGUGAGCGAACAAGUUCCCGGCCCAGCCACCAUAUCUUGUCGGGACCCGCCAGUGUGUCCACCCGUCGCCCCCACCAUGCGCAGAGCAAGCGCGCCUCCGUCGCUUCAUGAACUUAAGUCAUUGCAAGAACCUUGCUUCCGGGGACCGGCUAGACUAUCUUUAACGUUAAAUGAAUGAAAACCUUUAUUGUACAUUUUUGCCCAACCGAGCUAAGCACAGGUCACCACAGGGACAGAUCAUACACCUAGUCUAACAGUUUGCCUUCUUCUCGCUCAGUCGUGGUGAUAUUCAAAAUGUAGGUUUGUAUGGGUUUAGUAAUAGUCGGUUAAAUGAAUGCUGCAUAGUGAAAUCUGGUGACAUCGACCACUUCUGAAAGAACGAAAAAAACGACUAGAGUAUAUAAGUAGACAGAUAGCCACUAUAGGCAGGAUAUUUUAUGAUUGAGUCAAUGAGAAAAAUGAUAUUGUCGACAAGCUAAAAUGACCCCAGUGUAUCCAAAUAUGUAAAUAUGGUUUUGUAGUGUGCAUGUGCACAUGUAUCUUGAAUUACUAAGUAAUCAAGAUAGACAUUUUAUUGUAGAUUUUUACAAGUCUAAAGUAGCCGAAGUUA